AUGGAAUUCUCGGAAAAUCACUUGGAAAAUGACCUUCGUUUAAUGUGUGAUUGUCAGAAACUUGCUGUAAGAAAAAUCGCUGGUCCAUUAGCGAAAUAUUCUGGAAAGCCUUAUUAUGUCUGUAAUCAAGAAAAUCGGUGUAAAUUUUUCGAGUUUGAAGAAAAAUCUAUAGAAAGACUUCGAAAUCUUGGGGUAAUUAAUGAUAGUCAUCCUUCUCCAUUGCUAUUUAACAUGGAUCAACCAAAUACGACUACUCGUUCUUCUGUCAAAAGGAAAGCUAAUAGUGACGACGAUGAUGAAAUUAGUUUUUGGACUAGUGCUCCUAAGAAUAGGGAUGCGGGGCGUAGCUUAUUCGAGAGUAAUGACAAAUAUAGGUCUACUUAUACUUCAUCAAGCACUAUACACUUUCAACAAACUUCUUCUAUACCUAAUAAUGACCGCGGAAUGAAGCAUGAUCAUAAAUCUAUGGAAUUGUCAAGAACUAUCACUGAACACAUGUGCCGACAAGAUCGACUUUUGUUGGCAUCUAAUAAACGAAUUAAAUUUUUAUUGGAUGAAUGGAAUAAUUCUAAAGAUGAAAUAAAGCGCCAAAAACAUGAAAUUAAUUAUUUAAAAAAUAGAAUUCAGGAGGUGGAAAAUGAUCGUUCUUCAAUUUCUCAAACUCACGCAAAUGAACUAUACAAAAUUAAAGUAGAUCUAGUUGCUUCAAAUACGUACAAUACUCAACUUCUUAAAGAGAUUGAAACUUCGAAAAAUUCGAAGGACCUUGAAAUCUCUCGACUUUCUCAAAUGAUAAAGAGUUAUGAAAAACAAAUUGAAGAUGAUAACAGUCAAAUAAACAACCUUGUCAUUCAAACCAAUUAUUUGGUAGAUUCAAAUAGAAACUUGGCUCAAAAAUGUUCGAUCACUAACUAUCAAGAAACCCAAGAAUUUAAAAGGCUCAAUGAUGAAAUUUUGUGCUUGAAAAACAAUAUUAUGGAACUCGAGAAAAAUAAUGAUCUUUUAAGAAAAAACGGCGCUUAUAGGCAUAUUGAAAAUUUGGAAAUCGACCCUGCCACUUCCAAUAAUGAAUCCUCUAAUAAUAAUGUAAGGUCAGGUGUGGACAAUAAUAUUAAAAUUAAAUAUGAGCCGAUUGAUUUAAAGCUUGAACCACUUGAAGAUCAGAGGAUGUGA